UCUCGUGUCACAACAAUGAUAAUAAGACGCGUAGCUUUUGUUGUGAUAGUUUAACACGCACUAUUUCCUGUGACGUUCGGGUGACGUCGGGUAAAAAUGUUCAGGAGCAACUACCAGGGGGGAGCCGUGGUGGAGGUGUUCACCGGACAGGGCAAAGACCCCGUGGCCAAAUGGAAACUCAGCGGGGGGUCGUCGGCCGUGCGGAAGGAGUAUAAUAAAGAAGUCAAAGGAUUUGUUUACUGUCUGGAGGGAAGCAGCCAGACCGUCAAGAUGCAAAUGCCAGAGAAUGGGAAAACGUCUCUUGGGCUCCUCCAGAGAUUCUUGUUCCUUCAAGUGAAUGUUCCUCAGGGCAAAGAUUUUUCCAUUGAGCUAGUGAUAACUGAUGCAGAGCAUAUGAAAGGAAGACUCCACUUAUCUACCGUGCAUAAAGAGUUGACUGCCACUCUUUUUCAUGCAAGGAUACCUUUUGUUGAAUUGAAGCGGGAUAUUUGGUCUACUCUGUGCAUCGACCUUGUGUCAUUCACUGCUGAACUGUUCAAGGGAUUCUUGACACUGGAUGGAAUCACUUUGUUUGCGACCUGUAAAGUCCGCAGAAUCUUCACAAUGAAAACUGGGCCUGCAGGAAUGUCAGAUGAAGUUAUGUUUCUUAGUGGAACUGGUCUCAUGGACUUGAUUCCACGCAGCUGCCAGUUCCCACCAGAUGUAUACCACGUAACCCAGAUGCUGAACAUGAAGAACAUGCAGAAGUCAGAUUUGGGGACUGUUCUUGGGAACUCUGAAUGUGGUUCUGAUCAGACGGGCAGUUCGAGAUCAACCAGUCAUCAACCAAGCAGGCCCCCGGGUGCUUUACGCACAGCCUCGGGCUCCAGGCCUUCAGCACGGCUGCCGAAAACUGGGAAGAAAGGCAGCGCAGCCCCAGGCGGAAUGAACAGAAGUGAACUCUUUAUCUCCAAUACGGCUUCCCCGUCCGGUGAAAUAAACCAAAAGGUUGUUCCAGAAAGUCUGAGUGUUGCCAGACUGAACAACAACUUCUCACACGGAGAACCUAACCCCACUCUGCACGAUGCACAUUCAGAGGCUGUGCCCGGUUACCACAGAAAUAAGAGCAGAGCCGGGGAGAAGCCCACUCCUUCAUCCGCUGGGCAGGAGAGCAUCCAGCCACCUCUGACCGGAGCAGAUAAAACAGAGCCCGGCACGGCAGAGUGCGAGUUCAACGUCAGUCCUGCAGAAGAAAGUUUCCGAUCUGCUCCCACACCGGCAGAGCCCGUCCCCGGCUGGACCCGGACAGAUCUGUUUUCUGACCUGCAGGUCGGGAGCAGCUGGGAGAGUAAUGAAGGGUCUGAGCCCCAGCUCACUCUGCAAGAGGAGGUGUUCAUUUUCUCAUCACAGCCUCACUCACCCAAACGAGGGCAAGGCCAGGGUGACCAGGAGAAGGAGGAGGUGGGAGAUGAGCAGGAACCAAGCCAGAGUGGGAGGCGGCAUGAGGCCCAGCCUGAAGAUGACUUCAUUGGGAGUGAAAGUGAUGAGGAUAAGAGCAACAGCCCGAUGCAGCAGCAACAGACCAUUGAGCCUAAUCCUGCUCCUCCCAGAACUCCAGAUCCAACCUUGAAUAUGCAGCUAAAAGCCCGUCCUGAAUCGCCUAAUAUGGACCACACAUUUCCAAAAGUGCCUGGUCCGGCUACCAGCGAUAUUCAUAUUCGUAUUCAGUCUCCGUCUAAUGGGAGAGCUGAGCCAGCUGCAAUGGCCCCCACACGCUGCCUCUCUCCCAGUGUGACGACCAGCCGACGGGAACACAAGUGUGGCCCUCGUGCAUCAGAGGGAGUGAACCAGCUGCAGAAUGGAGACAACAGAGUAACCAUUUCCAGGAGUUUCCUGCAAGAAGUCAAAAUGGAUGACUCCACACCGGACAAGGUGAUUAUUUUGAAGGAAGAAGACGAGACGAGCCACGAGCCUGUUGAUUCCAGUCAUUACGGCUUACACCUGUUUGGCAGUCUGAGGAUGCAUGGGGAUGAUGAGGAUGCUGAUGAUGAUGAGGAGGAGCUCCGAAUGCUGGCGAGCUUAAAAAGGGAGCAGGAGGAAGAUGAGAGUAGAGCCUCGGGCCUCAGUGCAUCUCAGAUCCACCAGUGUAAUGUCGGCAUCAGUAUGAGCAGUGACGACGCUUCCACUUGGACUCACAUCACCAUGCCGGCUAAUCAAGGUCACCACUAUCAGAAUGAAAUGAACCCCCCACUACACUCAGACCCCAGGGAGUGGAUGGACGUGCCCAGCCCUCCCAUUAUGCCUCCCAGCCAGGAGAGAAGGUCAGGGAACACAUGGAACGAUUGGCAGGAUUUCAUCGGAGGUGGCGAUGAAGAGGAGCUCGAGGACGAGUACUUGAAUCUGCACUAUGAUUCUUGCCUGAACUGCUACUUCGAUCCAAAGACGGGGAAGUAUUACGAGCUCGCUUAGAUACAAAGCUCCAGAGAAUUCCAAUUAAUCAUUCAUGUGACAUUGACUAUGGAUGAAUGAGUGAAUGAAUUCAGUUUUUUUUUUUUUAAGGCUUACACGCAGAGAUGAACACCCCAUUCACAAACACCCGUUGGUAUUCUUUAUUUUUUUAAUUCUUUUAUACUUUGGAAACUAACAAGAAUUUUGUAACCCUAUAAAUAGUCAUGUUAGUGAGUCAAAGAGUGGGACUCAAUUAACCACAUACAAUCUUUGAGCAGGAAGUGGAAGUGUCGCUCCUUCACCAGCACGUGACGAUAUAAAAAGAGGCUUUUACAAAAGUUUCGGCGAUCAAAUUAAGACGCCGGCCGCCUGAAAGAACUUCCUCGUUUCAUUUAGCAUAUUUCUGACAUCUAAAUUUAGCUCUGGGUAACUUUCAAAAGCAGGGGGUCUUGAUCUUCAUCAUCGUCUCAUAAUUGAAAGUUGAAAAUGUAUUAAUGUGUGUGUUUAUAUCGUUUUAAUUAAAUUUUAAAUUGAAAA